GCGGCCCUACGUCACAUUACGUCACUUCCCCUUGACAUGGACGCCUGCACGUGUUGAGUAAAUGACUGUUUACAGCAGAGACGGCUCAGGAGAAAAACUCUAGAUAAACUAUAGUUUACAGUACGUGUAAUAAACUCAGUAAAAGCGACACUGAAGAACUGCUGCUGUGAAGAGAAGGUCUCUGCGAUGCCCAAAGUGAAAAAGUGUAAAGGUGGAGGAGGAGAGAAGAGCGGGGGGUCGGUAGCUCUGGCUGACCAGAUCCUACAGGCGGACACGGUGCGAGCUAGAGACCGUGUGAAGAGCAGGGACAGCCGGGCAUUGAACGAAGACACGUACGUAGACGAGCGUCUUUCACGGAAGAUCUUACAACAGGCCAGAAUUCAACAAGAGGAGCUUCAGACGGAAUAUGGCCUGGCACCAGAGAAGAAGAAAACACCAGUCACAGUUCUUGGUAAUGUUGGAGGGUCUGAUGCUCAGGAUGCAGACUCAGAUGAGGAGUGGCCCAUGCUGGGAGCAUCUGGUGCCGGUGGUGUUGAGUGUGACACCGAAGUUGUCGUCGACCCUGAUGAUGAAAAAGCGAUGGAGACGUUCAUGAACAAAAACCCUCCAAUAAGACGGACCUUAGCUGAUAUUAUAAUGGAGAAGAUCACGGAGAAGCAGACAGAGGUGGGGACAGUCAUGUCGGAAGUGUCAGGGUGUCCUAUGCCCCAGCUGGACCCAAGGGUAGUAGAGGUGUACAAAGGUGUUGCUAAGGUUCUGUCGAGAUAUCGCAGCGGUAAAUUGCCAAAGGCUUUUAAAAUAGUCCCAGCACUUUCAAACUGGGAGCAGGUUCUCUAUCUGACUGAGCCUGAGACCUGGACUGCAGCCGCGAUGUACCAAGCAACCAGGAUCUUCUCUUCCAAUCUGAAAGAACGAAUGGCCCAGCGGUUCUACAACUUGGUACUGCUGCCUCGAGUGCGGGAUGAUAUUGCUGAGUACAAGCGCCUCAACUUUCACCUCUACAGUGCUCUAAAGAAGGCUUUGUUCAAGCCAGGAGCGUGGUUUAAAGGUAUACUGAUUCCUCUGUGUGAAUCUGGGACGUGUACUCUCAGGGAAGCCAUCAUCAUCGGAAGCAUCCUCACAAAGUGCUCGAUCCCUGUGCUCCACUCCAGUGCUGCAAUGCUGAAGUUGGCAGAGAUGGAGUACAACGGCGCCAACAGCAUUUUCCUUCGUCUAAUGCUCGACAAGAAAUACGCCCUGCCUUUCCGUGUCCUGGAUGCCUUGGUGGCUCACUUCCUGUCCUUCCGCAGUGAAAAACGUGUACUUCCUGUGCUGUGGCAUCAGAGUUUACUCACCAUGGCUCAGCGCUACAAGGCUGACCUGGCCUCCGAACAGAAAACAUCACUGCUCGAGCUUCUCAAGAUACAAACGCACCCUCAGAUCUCCGCAGAGAUUCGCAGAGAACUGCAAAACUCAGAGUCGAGGGAUAUUGAAAUUGGGCUCCCUGUAACAGUUAAUAUGGACUAAGAUUUCAAUCUGGUGUGUAGCAUCCUUCUCCUGUGAUGCAAAUGAUUCAUGGUGUCUGCAGCACAAAGGACGGUUUGUUAAAUCUAAUGUAAUAAUUCUUCUUUUAUUAUGAAAGAACAGUUUCUCAAUACAGAGUCUCAAGAGCCAUUCUUCUCCUCCCAGCUUAGAUGACCUGACUCGUGUAAAGAUGCACAUCAGAAGUGAUGUAGGUGUUGUAAUAAAUCAUCAAUCUGAGCUGGUUAA